AUGGAGUUGGCGUCGGACAUAAUACACGACAUUAUUCAUCCUACGGCCGCCUUCACUGACGCCUCGAGACGCGAAAUUAGCCAUAAUGACAAUGCCGAUUCAAGGCAACCGCUAUCGGCGGACUGGGAUGCGUCCCAGCUCAAUCCGAAGAACCGAAUUGACAGUCUCGAUCCCCUCCCCGACCCUCUCUGGCGGAUUGACGGUUGUACGGGCCUCGGGACUCAGUUUUACGUCCUGCCGUUGUUCCUGAAGUCCAUCACACCGAUGCGCAUCGAUGCCUUCAUCCCGGAACAGUCGACCCAGUCACAAGAGGUUCGCCAACUGCUGGACCUUGACGUGGCUUUCCAUACAAGAGACCGGACGCGGGUACAACAGCUCAACGUUGCCAAGCACAUCCUCCGCGCUUUGCAGUAUUGGACCAAGAGCCUCGUCGAACCCGGGUCACUCUUUACCUCGGUACCCUUUGGGUCUCGGAUCGUGUUCAAGGAUCUAUCGCUCGAUACCAGGGCCAUUCAGAUCGAAGUCGCACCUACCUACUAUCUAGAACGCCAGCUACUUUCAUCAGCCGCUCUUUCUGAAAUGUGGGGUCCUUCAGUCGAGAUGCCCGAGUGCGUUGACAUAUCCGAAGUACACGUGGUCGAGCAGAUUCACGACAGCGUAUGUCUCGUUCGGAUCCGAGGCACCGAAUGGAUCUUCAAGACCUUGACCAGUUACACCAAAUACCUGUAUCAUGAGAUGAAACUACUCUUGUCAGCAAAGCCACACCCGAGCAUCAUGUCACGGCCAGUUCAUCUUGUUACGAAGCAGUGCACCUUCGGAAGUAAGGUGGCGGUCCUUGGAUUUACUCUAGAGUUCCACCGAUACGGGACGAUGAGGGACAUCGUGCCAUUUUUGCAGGCAAGCAACACAUUGACACCGGCGGAGCAGUUCAAAUGGGCCACACAGAUCACCUCCGGUGUGGUACACUAUCGGGAAACCUCUGGCACCUUCUACCCAGACCUUCGCUUGGACAACGUCGUGCUGUCUGAAAAUAGAGACGCCAUCAUGUGCGAUUUUGAACAGCGCGGGGUAUGGUGCGAGUUCGCCUCACCAGAAGUCAACGCCAUCGAGUACAUUCGUAUCCUGGCCACUGACGAGAAUAUGCCUGACGAUGCCAAAGACCACUAUGUUGAACUUUUGAAGAGGUUGUGCCCGGACUUCGAGUCGCUUCAGGAUAGAGAAGAGUACACGAAUCCCGAAAGGGGCUACAAUAUUUGUUGGUGGGGACUGAGUCCCCAAGAGCAGGAAUCUUCAGAGGUGUAUAUGCUUGGAAGAGUACUGUGGUGUUUGUUUGAAGGCGCUGGCGCUCCGCAGCAAGCCUCUAUUUGGCAAUCCUACCGUCGAGAAGCGCAUAUCGAGUUUCCGGAUUACCUCAGGACACCGCCUAAACUGAGGGCUCUCAUUGAUCGUUGCACCCGCGGACGUCGAGCCACUCUUAACAGCAGAAUCGUCAGAAAGGGGAGCAAGAUGGCGUUUACGAAUGCGGAAAACGGCGAUGACCAGAAGGACAUCAAGAAGGCCGCAUCAGCCUGGUGGAAGAAGGAGAUUUCCUGGGCAGAAGACUUCUUGGCCAUGAGGGAGCGGAUGAAGGCAGAAGGCGGUUGGAAGGACAACUACUUUGACAGACCCUCGUUGCGCGACGUACUCGAACAGCUGGAAAAACUGCAGGCAGAGUUAUGA